AUGAGCGAAGGGUACGAGAGUUGUUCGAAAGUAUUGGAGCGAAGGUUUGAAGACGCUCGACCAACGGGAGAGGAAGGAAGAAAGGCGAGCUCGACUCCAGGUAUAGCUCUGAAUGGGCAUGUAGCCGUAGGCGGGAACUCUUCUUUUUAUCUUAUUCUUUGGUCAGGCAAGUCGGCUGGUAAUCCCAACCGAAUAAGCAAUCGAAAUCGCUACAAGCAACCUAUUUCAUACCCUUUUCGUCGUACUUCCUCUUCUCCUUCUCUUCUUUCUCUCCCUGCCGAGCUUGUUGGAGUGCCAUUGCCAAGAUCUAGUGUAAUUCCUUUUCCCCGGGAGCCAGUCGCACUAAUGCUAGUAUCAAUAGGAAGAUCUUUAUUGCUUAGGAGAUUUCUGGUUUUCUCCCCUGUAGUGUCAAAUGUUGUGACUGGCACUCUACCAAAUCCAUCAAUUCUUGGAUUGGUUGCUUCUGAGAGAGCUGCUCUUCCGACUGCUCGUAUUCAUCCCUUCCCCAUGAGGGCAAUCAGCCCCUUGCUUUCAUUUGAAUAUUGGCCCUCGCGCAUCACGGCUAGAUUUGAGUCACUCAUAGCUAGGGCUUUCUAUUUCAUCAGGACGGCUUCUCCUCUACUGAGCUCAUCGCCCCUUUCUAUCAGCUUCCGCUACCUGUCUGAUGAGGCACAAUCGCUUUCAAUGAAAAUUUUGCUUUCUAAAUCCGCCCUCUUCAAGCUGUCGAAUAUAGAUAGGAGAUCCACUUCAAUUUCUCUCCUCUCCCACCUCUCCAGCUUGGGAAUAGUUCUUUCUACUGGCUAUCUAUCUGUACAAUGCCAGUUCAAGCUACCUUCUGGAUGGAGCAAGAAAAGGUAUGCGCAGGCGCAGUAG